CAAUUUCUUCCUUCGUCUUCUCAUUUCUCAAUUCUCACGACUCAGGACUCACCAUCACCACCAGUCAACUUCUUUUCCUUUCUCCCCCAAUUUUCAAAUCUAACCCUAACCCCAAACCAACAAUUGCAAGCCCCAAAUCUAUCUACCAGCGCCGUCUGCAACGAGGAAGGUGACUGCUUUGGUGCCGGCCAAGCACGAAGCUCGGACUGUUUAUAUAUUUCGCGAACUUAGAAAUUUGCUGAACUCCAGCUGGAUGGAAACUGAGCUGACAAGCUCGAGCUCGAGCCAUAAAAAUGAAAUUUGAGCUUGAGCUCAUGCCAACUGAAAAUGGUCGAGAUCGACUCAUUUACACCCCUAGUAUUGUUAAUACAGCUAAGAAAGGGUUGAUUCCUGGCUGAAAUCGUACGUCUUCAAUGACUCGACCAGCUCUUAAUCCAUGUCAUCUUUUAAACCAUCUGCACGCUAUUUUGGAUUCCGACCCUUACAUCGAUGAACUGGGGUUUAUUCAUCCAUCACAGUUUGCUGCAUUGAAUGAAGAGCUCCAUUCUUCUUCCGAACCUGCAUCUCUGCUCUCAGCUGAAACUAGAUCAAAUCCUGUACGAGAUACCAGUUCUCAUACUUUCUUUUGGCAUAAUGAACAUAAGCUGGGUAUCUCUACCCUUUUUCUAGUUCCGUUAUAUAACGCAGCUAAAGACGCAUUCAUGGAUGCUUAUAAACGAUACAGUAUGUUGCGUGGCUCUCAAGUAAAGAAAGAUGAAAAACUAGAUGACAAUUCAUUAAAUUCUUCAGCGUCUCUCAUGGACAUUGUGGAAACUCAAGUUAUGAAACACAGCAGGGCACUUGUUCUACUAAGUUGUGAUUUUGGCACUGCAUGGAAUUCCAGGAAGUUAAUCGUGUCAAAAAAGCUGGUCUUCUCAGUGCUUAUGGAUGAACUACGCCUAUCAGCUUUAGUUCUAUCCUGUUCACCAAAAAGUGAACGUGCUUGGAGCCACAGGAGGUGGGUGAUCAAGAUGAUGGCUGGAAACUGUUCAAAUCUACAAGAGAUUGUGGAAAGAGAAUCUGAGUUGGUGAAAACCCUAGCAGAGAGUUCUAAAAUGAAUUACCGUGCUUGGAACCACCGUUGCUGGUUAGUUUCCUACAUGUCGGACUCACAGGUGCUACUUGAGUUGCAGUGUUCUCGAGAUUGGGCUGAAGUUCAUGUUGCUGAUAACUCUUGUUUCCAUUACCGAGCUCGUUUGCUACUCCAGAUGAUAGAGAAUUUACGGCGUAAUAACAAGCGAGGUGGUUUGUCAGGCGCAGAAUUUCAUCAGGUGUGGGAGGAGGAGCUAGACUGGGUUGGGAUGUUGAUAAGGCGUUAUGUGGGAAGAGAGGCUUUAUGGCUUCAUCGUCGCUUCCUCUCACUGGUAUGGCUGAAACAUUUAGCAAGUGAUGAUCAAAGUAUAUCCUGCCAUUAUUGUUGCAGAAGUUCUGAGAUUUGUGACAUUAGCACAUUUGUUAAAGUUGAAUUGAUGCUAUUCAGUUCCUGCACAAUUAUCCCUGAUAAUGAAUUUGGGGAUUAUCAAGCACAAGCAACAUAUUCUGCUGCCUACAUUAUGUGGCUUGCGAAGCAAAUGCCCAUGUCUUUUGGUGUGGAGCUUCAGAAAAGUCCACAGUAUGAGAUGCUCAAACCAUUGAUCAGCGACAUUGGAAAGAGUUGCCUUUGGGAUUCUAUGGCUGGGAGUUGGUGAUUCAGUCGGAAAACCUUUAUUAUGUAAUAUUGUUUGGUUUACCCAGUUUGUGAUGAGUAGGAUCUUCCUGCCUUCCUAGUUAUGGAAGUAUGAGUUUAAACCAGUACAUAUCCUCAGUUGACUGGUUAUGCCGGCAGUCACGUAGUCUCUGGAGCAAGAAAAAUGACAACUAAUCAACUUCAGGUUCUUCUGUGCUGGAAGCUGCACUAGGAAAUCCCAGAUGAUGGAUGUUUAGGUUGAGAAUUUUAGUUGCAAGAUCUAAUAUCUUAUUGCUCUGAAAAUUUGAAAAUCCCAUGUUCAAUAGCUAACAGGAGUGGCAUGCCUGAAACUCUGUCUUAUGCAGAGUGUGCUUCCUUUUAAUUGCUGCUUCUAUUUGUAUGCGAUGUUAUCCAUGAAUCUUUUGGAUCAUAUAUGGUUUUCAUAUCUUAAAUUUAUCACUAUGCUUUGUCACAUGAAUUUGCUGAUAUCUCAGGGAACUGUGAACAAUGCAUGAUGUCAAACGGUUUAAGUUUUCUAGUUUACACGAGUUAAUCUGGAAGUAUGUGAUCAUAAUUAAGAAUACACAUUCAUAGCACGAAUAAUAACUGCAAGAAAAAAUGAGCUAUUAGAUUUUGUUGCUCAAAACAACUGCAUUGAGGAAGUCAAUAGAAAAGACUAAUUAGUAUACGUUUAUAGUAAUUGCUUGCUCAUAGAGAGCAUGGAGUGGAAGUUAAAUAGAGAGAAGGCUGCUCCACAUGGGGACACAACCGAUUUUAUAAGGGUCUUGUCAUGUAAAAUCGAUCAGUGGCAUCGGUGGUUUAUUGUUGAUUGGGUCUAAUGAGCUUCUAGUUGAUUUUGAUUUGUGAAGGUACUUCUUGAGGAAGUGUAAGAAGGUGAAGAACUAGAAUAUCAGGUGCUUGCCAUCAAUGAGUUUGUUGUCAGAGCAAAGUGGAAGUGGUUAUCACAGCAUGUAAAAAGAAAAUAGAGUGAUGCCAUUGCCAGGUUGAAUGGUGAUGUUGAGGAGAUGGGUUCCGACCCCAGAGUCUGUUGUCUUUGAAUGCCAGUAAUAUCCCACCAACCAAGCUUUGCAAAUAUAUCAACGGAUGUGCAACCAGCUUUUAGAUGAGAUGGAUAUGGCUUUGAAAAUACUAUUCUUUUUUUUUUUUGGGUUCUCGUUGUCGAAGCAGCAGAGUAAAGUAGAGUAUGAUCUUUGCUAACAAAUUCGAAGCUAAACAAACAUAAUGUAUUUUAGUGUUGAAUUAGCAAUGGGUAGCUUUUUCUUUCGGGGAGAAGAGAGGGAAUAGAAUAGAGUGACUAUUCACUGUUAUUCAAUUUGUAGAGUCAAAUAAAGUUGUUAAAAGUC